AUGAUCACGCUCGACGGCUCGACUCUCGAAGGAGGCGGCCAACUAGUCCGAGUCGCUCUCUCUAUUUCCGCCAUCUGUGACAUUCCCGUGCGCAUCACCAACAUUCGCGCCGGCCGUGGGCCGGGUUCAUUUUACAAGAAAACGCGGAAGAGGGGAGGCGGAGGUGGUAGACAUGGGGAUGCCACCAGCCAGAGCGUCAGGUCAAAGAAAUCUGCUACUGGUGGCGGAUUGAAAGAAAGUCACCUCGCCGCGCUGACGUGGCUGGCGCGGGAAUGUGGUGCCGCGGUCGAGGGCGCCGAAGUGAACAGUCUGGAAGUUGUCUUCAACCCUAAACCAAACCCUCGAAAAAGAGUGCCUGUGCCCUUGCCUGUGCCAGUGCCAGUGCCAGUGCCAGUGCUAGGACCGGUGGACGGAGAGCCGGAAGUCAUUGAGCUCAGGAACCCGGGCAGCAUCUGGCUCAUCUGGCAGGCCAUUUUCCCCUAUAUCGUCUUCGCGGUACUGCGUGAGGACGGCGGCACCAAAAAGCCCGAAGAGCCAACCUUCCGUCUACGCCUGAAGGGUGGGACCAACGUCCCCAAGUCCCCGUCGAGCGAGUACAUGCAGCAGGUAUUCCUGCCGCUGUGCGAGCGGAUCGGGCUGCCAAAGGUGCAUGUGAACGUCACAAGGAGGGGAUGGACGACCGGCGCCCCAGAGAUCGGAGAAGUCGAGAUAUCAGUCUUUGAACCCGGGGCCAGAAGUCGUGGUGAGGCAGCCGGCACAACAAAGGACGCCGGGAGUCCCAAAGGCAGCAAUAUACCGGCACACAGCCGAACAAACGCAGUAGACUCGGAGCGACCCUUGUUCCGUCUCCCUCCCUUCGACAUCACCCUUCGAGACCCCUUCACCAUCCGAUCCAUCUCCAUCACCACACUCAGCGGCUCACCCCAGACUCACGCCCUCUUACAUACCCUUCUCCGCGACUCCCUGCGGUCGAUACCUCGAUUCUCGGACCCCUCGAUCCCUAUAACGGCCCACCCCUCAUGCUCGACGCACUCGGGCGACGAACGCCGCUUGUACAUCCUCCUCACGGCGCACGUGGCGGGCGGGUAUAUUUUGGGAAGAGACUACCUCGGCCCCGGGAAGAAGAUCACCGACGAGACUGAUCGCAGAAGGAUCGUCGACGAGGCAGUCAACACGGCGGUGCGCGACUUCAGGAGAGAAGUCGGGAGGGGCCGCUGCGUGGACGAGUUCGCGGAAGACCAACUCGUCGUGUUUCAGGCCUUGGCGGAUGGGAGGAGUAUCGUUGAUACGGCGACAGCGAGGGGGAGGGUCAGCGAGCAUGCCAAUGCCAAUGCCAAUGCCGAUGCCGAUGCCCAUACCACCGUCGAGACCAAGGCCAGCCCCGAGACCGAGACUGGCAGUCUACACACGAGGACGGUGCGAUGGGUAUGUCACGAGAUGCUGGGCACGGUGUUCGACGGGGUGGGCCGAUGUCAGGGAGGCGGCUUGCGAGUCCACGAGGGUGGUGUGGACGAGGUCAGCGAAAAGAUGAGCCAUUGGGGUUUGGGCGCUGACGGAACGUGA